CUAUUCCUGCAGCGACACGAUCAUACGCACAAUGAAGAGCUUUACUUUGAUAACAGCUUUGCUUCUCUGCAGCCUCAGCUGGAUCUCUGUCUCAGGUUCUGAGUCUCGGACUGUCGAGGUCCAGCCUGGUGGAGAAGUCACUCUGACGUGUGCCAACAUUUCCAGCGAACCAACUCAGACAGACUGGUUCAGAAUGAUCAACAGAACCAAGCCCAGCUGUAUCUCCUCUAUGUACAGGGCAGAUAGCACCGCUUCAUACUGUGAUGGAGUUCACAAUGGAUUUGAAAUGAGCUCAAACAACAUAACUGUCUUUCUUAAAAUCAAGCAUGUGGAUCUAUCUGACUCUGGAGUGUAUUUCUGUGGGUUUUACAUCCCCCUAAAUACAGUCAUUACCGAUGCAACACAUUUAAUUGUUCAAGGAAACGAUGAAUAUGAUGGUGAACUGGAUUGUACAACUGCAAAUGAGCCUAAUGGACUGACAAUCCUCAUCAGUGUGAUCCUGGGUGGUCUUGCUGUUUCCCUCACUAUAGCUGUCAUUGUCCUGGCUGUUAAAAUCAGGAAACUUCAGAGAGCUGUAAAUGGAAAACCACAGCAAGAAACAAACAAGGUAAACCCAGCAUCAAUGUAUAUAAACCAUGAACUGAACUACGCAGCUCUACGUUUCCAGGCAAAGCCAAAAAGAAGCCGCAGGCCUGCAUGUGAGAGAGAGCUGGAGCCAAAUGUUGUGUAUGCUGCCACCAGAUAG